AUGGCGUCUCCGGCGAAGACGCGGCUAGUAUUAGAGAUCAACUUGAUCUCAGCACAAGGCUUGAAGCCACCGUCAUCACCACGGAGAAAGUUUCAAACCUACGCUCUCACGUGGAUCGAUUCUUCCACCAAGCUCCGAACUCGAGUCGACAAAAUCGGAGGCCUGAAUCCUACAUGGAACGAUAAGUUUCUCUUCCGCGUUACGCCGGAGUUUCUUGCCAGCGAAACCGCCGGCGUCUGUGUAGCGAUCUACGCAGUUGUUCAAAUCCGUCGGCCAUCGGGGAGAUUCUACGGCGUGAUGAACAUCGGAGCAAUGGUGGUAGACGGUUGUGAUUUUCCGGCACUGGAGAAAAUAUCGGCGAUAGGUUACCGUGACCUAAUGGGAGAAAAGAUAAAAGACCGCCGGAGGAAAUUACCGGAAAUGAAACGGAAAGUGACGGUGGCCGGAGAUGAAAUUUCGAGUGAAUCUUGCGAUAAUGAUACUUGUUGUGCGGAAUCAGUAGAUGAAACGGAGUCUUCAACGUCGUCUUCGUCACCGAAAACGACGGCGUUGCAGGAUUGGAACGGAGUGAGAGAAUUGACGGGAAAUAAAGGGUUAGCUGGUGCAGGAUUCUUAUGCUGUUUGGUUGCACAGAGGAGUGUUCACGCUCUCUCUCCUACCACUACAAGGUAA